AUGUCUGACGACCACGGAGCGUCUCACCGCGAGCUCCUGAUGGAGGCUUGCCGGCGCAACAACACGUCGCUGCUAGAGGAGGUGUUGGCGGAGCUGUCGACGGCCGGCGGCGAGAAGGCGACGGAGCACAUAGCCAAGACGCUGAAUGACGCGCGGGACGGCAUCGGAAACGGCGUGCUGCACCUGGCGGCCAGCAACGGAGCCUACGACGUUCUAGACAUCCUGCUCGACCAGGAGGGCCUGGAGAUCGACGAGCUGGACCGCAUGGAGAAGGACACGCCGCUGCACAAGGCGGUGCGCUUCGUCAACAGCCUGGCCAAGGAAGAGUGGGAGAACGGCGCCCACAUCGUCGACAUCCUCGUCGACGCCGGCUGCGACCCGCGGAUACGCAACAAGGCCAAGCUGCGCCCCUUCGACCUCGUUGACCCCCGCAACACCGAGCUGCGCAAGAUGCUGCAGAAGGCCGAGUUCGCCAUGAUGGCCGGCGGCGACGUCGUCGAGGAGGAUGACGACGGCCCCACUGGUAGUGGAAGCGAAAGCGAUUAA